GAUCCGAUACUCUGGUUACUCAUGACACACAGUGAGCGUAGUCGAACUAUUCGCUGGCGUCUUGGUUGGCUGCCCGGAGGAAUACCUAAAGCCUGCCCAUAUCAUCCUCAUGUACACUUUAGUCGGCCACACGUCACUGAAUGCUUGCACAUCCACUUCUUGAUCCAGGCAGGAAAUGACUCAAACUAG